AUGACCUCUCUACGAGGCGCCACAUCGCCAUCGCUAACACCAUGGCCCACCGCUGAUUACAGGUCACGUCGCUGGACCCAGUCUGUCGCAGUGCGCGAACAACAAUUUGAUUCCUCGAAUCCUGCCAUGUCGUUUCCCUGUCUUGAUGCUCAAGAAGCCAAGUCCGCGUCACUAUCUACACGGUCAAUGAGUUCUGGUCCAGAACCAUCCUACACGACCGGACAGCAUGAGAACUUCCACUGCAAAACCCCGCUACUUCUCGACUGGGGCGGUGUGCUCCCCGAAUUUGACGUUGCUUACGAGACUUGGGGUACCCUGAAUGCCGAUAAGAGCAAUGCGAUUCUCCUACAUACAGGCCUCUCCGCCUCAAGUCAUGCGCAUAGCACACCGACGAACCCUAAGAAUGGCUGGUGGGAAAAGUUCAUUGGUCCCGGGGCUCCUCUCGAUACGAACAAAUAUUAUAUUAUCUGCACAAACGUAAUCGGUGGUUGCUAUGGAAGCACAGGCCCUUCAUCCAUUGACCCAUCUGACUCGAAGCGAUAUGCGACACGUUUCCCUAUUUUGACGAUCGAGGACAUGGUUCGGGCGCAAUUCAGACUUCUCGACUCACUAGGCAUCCAGAAACUGCAUGCAUCCGUUGGCUCCAGCAUGGGCGGAAUGUUAAGUUUAGCAUCUGGUGUUCUCUUCCCCGAAAGGAUGGGAAGAUUGGUUAGUAUCAGUGGCUGUGCGCGCAGUCACCCAUACAGCAUCGCCAUGCGACAUACCCAACGACAGGUCCUUAUGAUGGACCCCAAUUGGCAACGCGGCUUCUAUUACGACUCGAUUCCUCCUCAUCACGGUAUGAAACUUGCCCGAGAGAUUGCCACCGUUACAUAUCGUAGUGGUCCUGAAUGGGAAAACCGAUUUGGCAGAAAGAGAGCGGAUCCCAGCAAGCAGCCAGCUCUCUGUCCGGACUUCCUGAUCGAAACCUAUUUGGACCACGCAGGAGAGAAAUUCUGUCUCGAGUACGAUGCCAAUAGCUUGCUAUACGUGUCCAAGGCUAUGGAUCUUUUUGAUCUGGGCUACGCUCAUCAAGUUGCGACCCGAGCACGAAGGGUACAAAAUCAAAAGAGGAUGGUACUGGGCAGUAUGGAACGGAACGGUGCUUCCUGCAGCUUGGCAUUGCCUGAUAAGCCUUAUGAGGAGCAACCUGCCACUUUAUCGUCUUUGACACCGAUGAACGAACCGGCAACCGACGACUCGGCUGAUGGACCUCCACAAGAUCUCAUUCGUGGCAUGUCCCCGCUGAAAGACCACCCAGUACUUGUCAUGGGCGUUGCAAGUGAUAUUUUAUUCCCAGCAUGGCAACAGCGAGAGAUUGCGGAAACACUAAGAGCUGCCGGAAAUCAGAAUGUGGAGCAUGUCGAAUUAGGUGAGGAUAUCUCACUUUUCGGCCAUGAUACGUUCCUGCUAGAUCUCGAGAAUAUUGGAGGUCGAGUUGGGAAGUUUUUGGGAUGAGCGUCAUCUUAUCCUAGUGUAUAUUUAUCAUGGAGCAUUCUAGCAUAGCAUAGCAUAGCAUUGCGGGCGUUUCUUUUCUUAAUUUCGUCACAUUCGACACAUAGAUAGGCGUUUUCGGACUGAAUAUACCUAAUUACAUAC